GGAGCAAGCGUAACCACCAAACACUUUGUUUACUAAAAGUAGUAGCUUAGAAUUAGUUUGUGGUUCAAAGGUUUAUACGCAAUGCAAUAUCACUCAUCAGUCUCAUGAAUACUGUUGACUGCUGAUGCCUUUGUUUCUGCAAAUGUCGAGCUGCUGUUGGAGCUCACCAUUUCUACCAUGCAAAACAAACCUCCACUUCCAUUGCACCACCCAAAGAAACAGAGCAUCAAACUACCUGGGAAUAAAAAUGGGAAUGGAAAUGGGAAUCGCUGCAAAACCCUUGUUUUUGAGUCUCGAAUCCCUAAUUCCCAAAUUCCCAACAGCAUUUUCUACACCAAAUUCCAAAUUAUUUGAACUCAAAUCUUCUUCUGUUGAUCACCCUGCAAACACCAUUCAAGAUGAGUCUGUUCAACCAUCUGUUCAAUCUUGCAUGUGGAAAUGGAGGGGAUAUUCAAUUAGGUAUCAGUGUUGUGGAGAUUCUGGCCCUGCACUUGUUUUAGUUCAUGGCUUUGGAGCUAACAGUGAUCAUUGGAGGAAAAAUCUACCAAUUUUGGGAAUGUCACACAGGGUAUACUCCAUUGAUCUCAUUGGUUAUGGUUACUCUGACAAACCCAACCCUCGUGAUUUUGGUCUUUCUUCUUUCUAUACAUUCGAGACAUGGGCCUCUCAGCUAAAUGACUUUUGUCGAGAAGUAGUCAAAGAUGAAGCAUUCUUUAUUUGCAACUCUAUUGGAGGUCUUGUUGGACUUUCCGCUGCAGUUAUGGAACCACAGAUUUGCAAGGGUCUUGUUCUUCUAAACAUAUCUCUUCGUAUGCUCCACAUUAAGAAGCAACCUCCACUUGGAAGACCUUUGAUAAAAGGUUUUCAGAGUUUGUUGCGGAAUAGUGUUCUCGGUAAAUUGUUUUUCAAAUCAGUAGCCACACCUCAAUCUGUGAGGAACAUUCUUUGCCAGUGUUACCAUGAUACCAAUCAGGUCACAGACGAACUAGUUGAGAAAAUCCUUCUUCCUGGGCUUGAACCUGGUGCUGUUGAUGUGUUUUUGGAGUUUAUAUGUUACUCGGAUGGCCCUCUUCCCGAAGAGCUAUUGCCUCAAGUCAAGUGCCCGGUAUUAGUUGCUUGGGGGGACAAAGAUCCAUGGGAACCCAUAGAGCUUGGAAGAGCCUAUGGAAACUUUGAAACUGUUGAAGAUUUUGUUGUCUUGCCUGGUGUUGGCCAUUGUCCUCAGGACGAGGCACCUCAUUUGGUGAACCCAUUAGUGGAAUCAUUUGUGGAACGCCAUUCUGCAAAGAGAGCCGAUCCUCCUAGAGAAUCAUUGGUGUGACAGAAUGAUGAACGACUGUCGAGUGUUCCAAUAUAUUGGUUAUGAAGAUGGUGCAUUUGUUUGUGCUCAGUGUCGCAGAUCGGAUGUUUCUCUUUGCUAAUUGUGCAUUUAUAUAGUCGGUUUACAAUACUCCCGAAAGAACAUACAACAGUUUGCAAUCGCAGAUCUUAGAUUGUCGAUUUUUACCGACAUCCUACUUCGCCUCAUGUAGUUGGAACCCCGAUUUAGGCUGUAAAACUGUUGGUGUUCAAAUAUGAAACUCUUUAUGACAUUCAAGCUGUUUAUACUCCAUUGCCUUCAAAGAAAUAAGAUGAAAUGCCUAAUGGUAGUUACACCUUU